AUGGCGGCGGCGGCCGAGAUCCCGGAUGAGGUCCCGCCCACCUUCAGGUUCCGGCCGACGCAGCGUGAGCUCAUCGAGUUCUACCUCCUCCCGCGCGCCCGCGGCCAGGAUCCAUUCCCCGGCGUCAUCAUCGAGGACGACGCGGCGGGGAGUUCGCUGCCCUGGGACCUCUUCGAGCGCCACGGCCUGGGGAGCGAGGACGAGGCCUACUUCCUCGCGCGCACCGGCGAGGCCAGGAAGCCCGGCGCCCGCCAGGACCGCGGCUGCGACGGCGGCGUCGGGGCGUGGAAGAUGCAGAGCAGCGCCGAAAAGGGCCUGCGCGUCGGCGGCGAGAGGAUCCUCUGCCGCAGGAGCAACCUCAGCCUGCACAUGGGCAAAGGCAAGAGCGGCGGCAGCGUGGGGUGGGUGAUGCACGAGUACACCAUCGCCGCGCCGCCAUGCCCGUCGCCCGUCAAGAUCUGCCACAUCACCUUCACCGGCCACGGCAGGAAGCGGAAGCGCGUGCCGGAUGGCCAAGAAGACUGCGCCGGUGAACACGCGUCCCGGCGCGCGCGCGUCGAGGCCGCGGCGGCCGGUGGCCGUUCUUCUGGGGAGAUGUAG